CGUACGUUCAAAUUGGAAUUUGGAAUUUGGAAUUUGGAAUUUGGAUUAGACUUCUUUUGUUCUUCGUUUCCACACCUGGUACUUGUCAACGAGAGAAAACAUCUACAAAAAUCAAAGUAUUUUCUUGCACGAAAAUGCUUCAACUGCAGAAUCAGAGAAGAAGAGAGAAUUUGGCUUGGCCGAGCUUAAUUGCUCGCUGCUUCGUUUCAUGUAACAUGGUUUUGCUCACUUAUUUUGCUCUCUCAUUGGUGACUCGAUUCUUCUCUAAUUCUUCUUCUCUUCUACUUCAACUCUCACUCUCAGCUCUAGUGCUGCUGCUUGUAAUGGGUUUGGGAGGAUGGUUCAGAAGACUUCUUGGUAUUCAUGCUUCUGCCCCAGCUUUCGUCUUCUUCAAUAUACUGUUCAUUUGGUGUUUUUAUGUCUUUAUCAUCCGGAAAGGUGUAUCACUUUUUAUGGAUAUCUUGUUUAAUGGAGAAGUGGCUAUGCUUAUCUUUGGUCUGUGUAGUAUGUUAAAGAGUGAUCCUGGGGUGGUAAGGCAUGUGCCUUCCUUUUCAGACAAACCAACAGAGGGUUCAGUUGAUGAACUAAAUAAUCUGGACGAGGACCUGGAGCUUUUAGCAAGUGGCUUAAGUCAUGAAUCGGCUGAAGAUUCUAUUUUGGAGAGGAGGGUGAGAUAUUGCAGGAACUGUACGGCAUACAUAAAAGGUUUUGACCAUCAUUGUCCUGCUUUUGGAAACUGCAUAGGUCAAAAGAAUUACCUUGUUUUCAUGGCUCUUUUGCUUGGGUUCAUUGUUACUGAAGCUUCAUUUCUGGCAUGCUCAUCUGACUACACCAUCUCAAGAAUACAUAGUUCAGAGGCUAGUCUCUCUGAAAGAUUGGCUGUUAGUUUAAGAAUCUUUGCUAUUCUUCAAUUGGUAUGGAAGGUGCCAUUUUUGACAUGGCAUGCAUAUUGCAUAUGUUUCAAUAUCAGAACUGAUGAGUGGAUUAAUUGGAACAAGUAUCCAGAAUUCCAGUUAAUUAUACAACACCAACCAGGGAAUGGCUGCACUGAAGUGUGGUUUACAAAUCCAUAUGAUAAAGGCAUUCUGCAUAAUGUGAAGGAGUUUCUAUCAUCAAAAGGAUGACAUCGCAUCAAAUGCAAUACUAGUUAGUCUAGUUUACUAGUGAACACCCUUUUAUCUGGGCAUGGUAAUUUUGAUUUUGCAUGCAGAGAAAGUAUGUAUAUUUAUACACUUGUCUAGUAUAUUAUAAAGUAACUCUUGGUUAGACUAAAGAAAAA